AUGGUAGUUAACACAAUAUAUAUUGCUAGACACGGUUAUAGAUCCAACUGGUUACCUAAUGGACCGUAUCCACCACCACCAACAGGUGUAGAUAGUGACGUUCCCUUAGCUUCACACGGUGAAAAUCAAGCACAGGAGUUAGCACAUUAUAUUCACUCAUUGCCGGAGGAGGAACAACCACAAUUAUUAAUCAGUUCACCAUUCUAUAGAUGUAUUCAGACUAUUUAUCCGCUUGCUCAACUUUUAGAUAAAACGAUCCAGCUAGAUACUGGGGUUGGAGAAUAUUACAAAGAAAAGAGAUAUUGUAUCCCACAACCUGCCAAGCCUGAACUUUUACGAAAGUUGUUCCUUCAUGGAGAAAAAUACAUUGAAAAAGACAUGUGGUGUGAGGUUAUACCUAACAAGUUGGGUGAGACUGAUGAUUCUAUAAUGCAAAGAUGUUUAAAAUUUUGGCCACAAUUUAUUAAUAAAGUCGAGCGUGGAUUCCCCGCUGUAGAAAGAAUAAUGAUUGUUACUCAUGCGGCAACCAAAAUUGCUUUGGGGAUGGCUUUGUUGGGUUUUGAUAAUGUAUUACAGCCUCUUGAUAACAAGGGUACUAUUAUUAGAAGUGGUGCUUGUUCUAUAGAUAAGUAUAUUUGUACCGAAGAGCAAAAUAUUACCAAUGGAAACAAAUUAAAUGUGUUGAACAGACACUGGGUUAUGAUUAUGAACGGCAAUACUGAGUUUUUAACUAAAGGCGAAGAGAUGCAUUGGGAUUUCAGGACAAAAGCGGAGGCAGGUUCUGAUGAGGAAAUGAAGCUAAAAAAACAACAACAAAAUAUGAGUGGUUUUAAUAAGGGUUCUGAUUCGAUCAAUAUUGAUGAAAACAAAGGUGCUGACGAUGAAUAUAUUACCGAGGACGUUUUCGUUACUAUUCAAUUACCUGUAACUAGCAAAAAUCCAACCAAAAUAACAAAAAAAGAUAAUGGUAAUACUAAAUCAUCAAAUUCUACAUCUUUGGAUAAAGAUAACAACAAUCCUAACGGUAUUGAAGAUGACGAUGACCCAACUAUUUUUCAGUAUUCAGGAUUAGAUUCAGAAUCACCAUUAAUUAAAAUAGGAGAUAAAAUAUAUAGAGGAGAAUGGAAUAAGUUGGUAGGAACUGAAUUAGUAAUAACAAGAAAUGAAUCAGAGAAAGAAGGCGAAGACACACAGAAAAAAUCAAAAGAGGCUAACAAUGAUUUAGAAGAGCACAAUAUAAAAAUUGUCAAGGAUGUUUUGAAAUUAACAGAAUACAAUACUCCUAUGUAA